AUGACUGAAGACUUCAUUAGUGGUGAUUGGAGUUGCGUCCAUAGUUCGGGCCACUCUGCAAAGGAUGGCAUGGGCAAGUCGGCGGGCAUCUUGAUCAUGGUGUCUCGCAAGGCCUUCCGUAACAUUGCUGCACAGGAGCAUGUUCCCGGCAGACUUCUGCAAGUUCGGGCGUAUCACAACCAGAGCCAGCACAAUGUUGAUAUCUUAGGCCUUUAUCAGCAUGUGCAUCGCACCACCUUGAGUGCCAGCCAAAAUCGACGACUCCGGCAGGGAGUCUGGCACGCACUGCAGCAAACCCUUGAUUCUAUUCCUGCCAGAAAUAAGGUCAUCUUAGCGGGGGAUUUCAACUCGACCCUUAGACAAGCCUCUCCGGGUGUAGGCCCCUCGGUUCCCCAUCCCGACACCCAUGAUAACUAUGAUGACACCUUGCAACAAAUACUUCUAGACUAUGAGCUGUGUGCACUCAACACCUGGCAUGCCCGGCCAAAGCACACAUUCUUCAGCACCUCCACCAAAAGUCAACUGGACUACCUCAUUGUGAAAUGCACCGAUGCUGGAGCCACAGCCAAGUUAUCCGCCCCCCUGCAAGCAUUCCCUGUUACCGGGGACCGGUUGUCAAACCACAUUCCGGCGCAGGCCACGCUGCAACUUCGGCCCCUACGGCACCUGCCGAAGGACCGAAAGGCACAACCGGCCUUUGACAGAGCCGCCUUGCAUCAAGCCAUUGAGAAUGGUGCACAGCAGGCCGGCCUGCUGCAACAGGCGGUCUCCGCCCGUGUCGAGGCGCUGCCAGCGCCAGCCUCAAUUAACUCCCUGCAUCAAGACAUCAACAACAUCCUGCUGCAGGAGACCAGCAGGUUCUUCCCACCGCAGGACAGAGCAGACCACCGGGUCAGUGCCGAUCCCGGAUACAGAGCCAGUGCUGCCAGAACGUGGGCUCUUUACCGGGCUGUCAAGCGGCCAGGUGUUGUCACACUGGCCAACAUCUUGCAGAGGUGGCGUGCAGUAGCAAGUUUUCACCGGGCCUCCAAAGAGCUAAAACAACAGAGUCGACAGCUCAAGGUCGCUUUCCACCAAGAUCAGCUUCGACAGGCUGAAGAGGCGGCUUCGUCUGGUAACUUAAGAGAACUUUUUCAGAUCACUCGUCGACUCGGGCCCCGCAAGGCCCGUGUUGCCUCCCGCCUCAAAGAUGAGAAUGGCAACAUCAUGACAGAGCAGGCUGAAUUAGCUGCCGUGCUGAAGUAUGGUCAGGAAACCUUUGCUGCUCUUCCGGACAGCAGACACCAGCUUCCUCUCCUCGAGGACCUCACCUUCGACCCGGAAGAGAUAUGGCACGAGCUCACCCGUCUUAAGCACCGCACGGCCGUCCCGAGCCACUGCGCCCCCAGUGCAGUCUGGAAGCUCUGUGCACAGGCGUUGCAUCAGCCACUGAGCACGGCUCUCAACAUCCACUUCAAGGCGGGCCGCGGCUGUGCAGAUGCAAUCCACCGUGUGCAUCGACACUUCGAAGAGGUUGAGCAGAUCAUCCAGAAAAAUCAGAGCAAUAGAUUCACCAUGCGGCAGGGUCACGUCCCGUCGCGCUGUGCAGGCGGCGCCUGCCUCAGCUUGGAUUUAUCGAAAGCCUUCGACUUCGUAGAUCGGAAUCACCUGACCGAUGCCCUCCUUGAACAGGGGAUCCCUCCCAAUGUCGUUGCUGCGAUCCAGCAGCUCCACAAGCAGGCACGGUACCACUAUGAUGUCAGGUCCCGUCAAGGAAGCACACUCACCACAAACGGCAUCAAGCAAGGCUGCCGUGUGGCGCCGGCGCUCUGGCUCUGCUACAGCAUCUCAGUCCUCCAGGUGAACUAUCAGAAAACUGCCCUCCUGCUCACCCUACACGGCAAAGAUGCUGAAGAAAUCCUUGCACAACAUACCGUCACCAAGGAGGGGCAAACCUUCCUCAAACUCAGGGUCCUCGGAGUUGAACAACACCUCUGCAUACGAGACUCCCACAUCUACUUAGGCACGGUCAUUGCCUAUCGCCAUCGCCUUGACCUCAACAUCACUCACCGCAUUGAAUCUGCACAAGCACGGUACCAGCUCAUAAGGCGGAUCCUGAAUGGCAAAGGUCCCCUGUCAGCAAAGCACAAGCUCCGACUCUGGAAUGCAUGCAUCAGCCCUUGCCUGUGCUAUGGUAUAGAAGCUGUAGGUUGGACGCAAUCAGGAGUCAAGCGCCUGAAUGUGCUUGCCACGAGACAUAUCAGAGCCAUCUUGAAACAACCAGCGCACCUUACCCACAUCAGCAACGCCGACAUCUGGAUCACUGCCCAGCUGAAACAACCAAGCCAAGCUAUUCUUGACAAACUUGCGAAUUUCAUACUCAGCCGCGACCCCACUCACAGCACCACAGGAGCCAACAUUGUUGUCAAUGCUGACGUGCACACCAGCCUUCGCGACCUGCAGGAGUCCAUGAAGUCCAUCUCCGAUGGAGCAACUUCCCAGGCUGUUGCAGAGGACAUUGAGAAGCCUGCGGCUGAGGAGUGCCGCUUUGACCCAGUGCGCAUCUUCCGGGCAUUUCCCAGCCACCGGACCAGGCAGCUACAUCACAAUCAGCCGAUGACUGCGGCGGACUUGGAAGCGAGCAUCUUCGAGCACUGCAUGCCAACGGGGGCGGCCAAGGCAGCUCUAGGACAGGAGUCCCAGACGGACCCCUUGAGUCAGGCAGCACAGGCUUUCCAGAGAGCUCCCCAAGGGGGGAAGCGCCAGCGAGGCCCGGGAUGGGGACGGCAGCCCAGGAUGCAGCCUACACCGUGGCAUCCGCCUCGGCACCAGCCACAGGCACCUCAGAUGCCCCCUCAAAUGCCUCCACCCUACCCGACAGCCGAACAUCAGAUCGACAUUAUCUCCAAGCUCAUCCUCAAGCACGAAGAAGCCCUUCACAAUCUCCGCAAAGACACAGCCUACGUGUUGUUCUUUCGCCAAGACGAGAAAAGCUUGGUGCCAAAUCUGAUGGAGGUAGCCAGGCAGUGGAGAGAGAAGGCGACAUCGGCCACUCCGGACCCAGGCCUGCAAUCUCCACUCCGCACUGUGUUGAUCAACUGCUUACUCAAGGAAUUGCUUCAACGCACCCAAAGGGUAGUGGCCACAGAGGCCGGGCGUGCAGACUUGCAGAAGGUGGGGUGGCUAGACUCCCAGGGCCAUUGGACAUACCUCAAGUGGAGCCCGCAGCAACGCCGCCUAGUGCUCAACGAGGCCAGGUCCCCGAUCACGCACGACACGAUGGUGAAGACAAUAACCGAACUUCAAGCCAGCAUGACGGGAGAAAUAAUACAUCGCUUCAAAUCCAAGCAGCCGAUGUGGGCGAUAGAAGAGGAAGGCAGCUCGCAGGCUGUCUUCGACCUGGAGAUAGCACUACGUGGUGCCACAUCGGACGAAGUCCAUCAGAACUUCGGCAUCCUGGCGGGGAAUGCGGUCACCAACUUGAUCGGACUAUCGAUGAAACGAGACGACAGGCCACGCCAACCACAGGCUCAGCAGCUGGCACAACUUAGGCACAUCCUCCCACACGUCUUCCGGACCAUUCCGACAGCGCCGAUAAAUGCUAUGGCAGAGCUUGGAUUCUUCUUGAUGGGGUGGCUAAGGCCUCACUUACAACACGAUGUCGUAGAGCUUGCCGACUUUUUAAUUCCUAGGAUGCUACCUGAUGCCUCACACCAUGGGUGGGAGUCCCGACAGCUCUUAGAAGGUGAACUUCGACGGGUGGAAACAGGCACCUUUGGCUCUUGCCUGUCACUCAGUUGUGUUGCGCCCAAAGGGCCUUGCAUCCAGGACCUGUUGCAGGAAUGGCACAUGUACCAAUCAGCAAAACAUGCCGUGCUCACUCCACCACCGUGGUUGUUUCUUCAACUCCCGAGAGCACACAUGCAAGCAGGUCGCCCAUGUAAGCGACAUGAGGCCUACAUCCUCCCGGAAGAGUUGCUCCUUCCAUGUUUUGAGGGGCACGCGACCUUGAACGUCAGGUGGACUCCUUAUGUAAUCCGAGCCCUCAUCACACAUCAUGGCGAGCACCUGGCCACAGGUCACUACCGAACUCUGGUUCGUGAGGGGGGAGCUUACUGGCUUCAGGAUGACGCCCGCAGGGCGGUAAAAGCAUCAGAAGCACAGCUGACCGAUGCCUCCUCCUGCGUGUAUCGUCUGCUCUUGCUUAGGAAACCAGCUGCCGAAACUGCCACCGUAGCUCCCAGCUCAAGCUCAGUAGCGCUCCGACGUAGUCUCGAUGAUGCACUCGCUACCCAUCAGCCGGAACAUGAACUGGUGGCUCGAGCAUCGUCUAUUUGCCAUACAACUGCAAUUGAUGACCCUGGAAGCUCAGAUCGAACUGAUGAAAUCCAGAAUGUCAAUGCUGGAGCAGCAUCCAGCACUGCAAGCGGUGCAGCGAGCACCCUGGACGGAGCAUACGCUUUGUCCCAGCAACCAAAAGGGAUUUCUUCACACCCUGGAUGA